AUGGAACUGUUCCGUCUGUUCCUUACAUCACUGUGCUUCCUUCUCUGUGAAGGUGCCAGGAUGAGAAUAAUAAAUGGACGUGAAGCUGCCCCUCACUCCAGGCCUUACAUGGCUCUCAUAAAUCUUGAAAGACACGAUAAUGAAAUAAUAUGUGGAGGAAGUUUAAUAAGACCGAGAUGGGUGUUAACUGCUGCCCACUGUGAUAAGUUUGGAUGGACAAAAAAAAUAAUUCUUGGAGCUCAUUCCAGGGAAAGGAAACCAAGUGAACAGUGGUGGCAAGAAUUUCGAGUGGAAAAAUCUAUCAAGCACCCACAUUUUAACAAGACAAAUUUAAGCGGUGACCUUCGGCUAAUGAAAUUAAACAGAAGAGCCAAGCUAACAAAAGGCGUUCAACUUUUAAAAUUACCAACCACUUUUGAGGACCCUGGAGAAGAUAGUACAUGUGAAACAGCUGGAUGGGGACAGACAAAAAAUGCUGAUGCAGCAGAUAAUCUGAUGGAAGUUAAUGUCACAGUUUUAGAAAGAGAUAAAUGUGCCAAACACUGGAGCAAGCACAGCGCAAAUAUAACAGAGAACGUGAUUUGCACUAUUGUGGGACCGGGAGGCAAAGACACAUGUGGAGGAGAUUCAGGCGGUCCCUUAAUCUGCAAUGGAGAAUUUACAGGGAUGACUUCAUUCGGGGAAGGUGUAUGUGGAAAAUUGAAAGAUGCAUCUGUCUUUACUCGUCUGACUGAGGAAUACAUACGUUGGAUAACUGAAACAAUAACCGACUAA